GGCUCAGACGCGCUCGAGACUUCAUUCACUCCAGAGUCCAACACAGAGACGGACCUGUCGAGCUAUCUAUUUACAGCUGCAAGCUAAGCACUGGAUAGAACACACGGAACAUUUUUCAGAGCUAUUUUCCUUGCUCUAUUUUGGGUUACCUUUGCAGGACCUUCAUCUGGGAUUGUACAAUAUCAAAACGACGCACUUUAAAACAAGGUUUUAUAGAUAUUGAAAUCUUAUGGAUAUUGAUUGUAGUAAUCGUACACAUAUUCAAAUUUCAUUAUAGAAAUCAAAAACAUCAGCGUAGAAUAAACUAUUUCACGUGUUUUGCAAGCUCCGAAGAAGACUUAGCAAACGAUUCAUUAUUAGGGGGGUCAUGGUCUUCGGUUGGGAUUGCCUUACUUUUCCACUGGUCUAAGGAGCCAGCCAUGUCGACCUGUUGUCCGCUCUACUUCUGUCAGGGAGAGAGGGCUCGGAGCUGCAAACGCGCACGAAUGUGAAUUGCAUUAUAGAACUAGAGUCAACUAGUCCACUUCAGACCACAUCAGAUAUCCGCAGAGUUCCCCAAGCGAGUGUUCUCCGAGUUAUCGGCUCCCUCAGCGGUUGGAAGGACUACUCACACGUUAGUCUCCCCGAGGGAUGGUUCUGGAUCAUCCGCGGGCAGGAGCGACUUUGCGGCUCCUACAGCAGGAGACGUUAUUCUUGUUUUGGGGAAAAUCUAAAUUAAAGGGAGAUGAGACCCGUACUUUGCUACUUCCUGGUCUGCACGUCGUACCUGCUGAAUGCCGUUGCUGAGGAAGUCCCGCAGGAGUUGAUAGAGAGAUUGUCUCACAGCGAAAUCCACAGCAUCAGCGACCUCCAGCGGCUACUGGACUCCGAAAUAGACUCUGCCGUCGGUACGGGAAAUGAGGUCAUCGAAGAGACCAAGCAGAUGCCGAAGCAUCAUAAGAACCACUCCCACGGCUACUCAGACCUGAAGAGCUCACAGAUACACAGCCGACGCAAGAGAAGCAUCGAGGAGGCAGUGCCAGCAGUGUGUAAGACGCGGACGGUGAUCUACGAGAUCCCGCGCAGCCAGGUGGACCCCACCUCCGCCAACUUCCUGAUCUGGCCGCCGUGUGUGGAGGUCAAGAGGUGCACGGGAUGCUGCAACACCAGCAACAUGCGCUGCCACCCCUCGCGCAAGAACCACCGCACUGUUAAGGUGGCGAAGGUGGAGUAUGUGCGGAGAAGACCCAAGCUGAAGGAGGUCUUCGUCAAGUUGGAAGAUCAUCUGGAGUGUGUGUGCACGUCACACCACCACGUGACGGAGCACACAGAUGCCGACACGGUGGAUGUAAGCAGAUCCUACCAAUCGAACACGGAUGAGGAGGAUGAAGAGGACGAUAAAGAGCUGGUCAGAGAAGAGAGGCCUAAGAACCGGAGAAGGAUAAGAGGACUUGUUUGUUUUUCUCCUUGCUGAAGAACUUUGGGUGAACAGUUCAAAACUACGAUCACGGGGCUAGCCAGGAAGGAUCAUUGGAUUAAGCCUUGUUUGAGGAUCCAUUGACUCAAGCCUUAAGGACACAAAGACCGCCACAGCUGAACUUUUAAGUGGACAAUUAAUGGACCUUUUCAGGACUUUUGUCGACUUUCAUGCCUCUGGCCGUCAGUCUAAGUCACUCUUACCUGGACAAUCAAAAACAGACAGAGGGACAAGAAGAAAGAGGAUGAGAGAGAUUUUGAGAAAGGGAGGUGUAGUAAGUCUGGGUUUUGUAACUCAGUAUUUGGGGACUCUCUGUUCUGGAACAUGUGAACAUUCUAGAACGCCUUGAAUAUCCGCCAUUUUGUCUCUUUUGGAGAAAGUGUUUGAACAUUUGUUUGGAAGCACAAAAACUAUUUUGUCCCCAAAUUUUCUGCUUCUCCUUCUUAAGUCCCCCUGUCUGCUUCUGUGGCAAUUGUGCCAGUCGCCAUGUACAGUACAGAAUGACUUAGAACAGAAGACAAAUUUGUUGCUACUAAUAAACUAUUUAUACGCGUGAA